AUGAUAGCGCAACAGCCGCGUUCUUUUCUGAAGCUAUUCUCGGCACCCAACUGGGACUCGGACUUGACCUCCACCAAGGGCCCCGCACGCCCCAGCGAACCCCCUCCAAAACGAGCUUCCACCAUGGCUCGGUUCCGCACCCACCAGCACAAGAAGAACGCCCGCUCUUUAGCCUCCGAGGGCCCCUGGAAGGUCGAUACACCGUUUGGACCGCCCGAGAUCUCGCACAUACACGUCCCCGGCGGCAUUCGACGGAUACGAAAUACCUUUGCGAAAUUGACUCCAUCCGCCCGGGCCGAACGGCAGUUGCUCAGACAGAAGAACCUAUACAAGAGCCCCCUGACCGAGCGCAACGUUGACACCUUCGUCACGCACCAGGAAUUCGCGGAAGCCUGCUAUCCGAAUCGACACAGCAAUGAAGUACAAGUGGUCGCUUGGCUUGAUCGACUGUACUGA